UGAACAAGUAAGAAAAUAUGUCUUAUUUUUAAUUAUAUAAAGAAAUUAUGUACAAAAUUGUUUCGAUACUAUGAAAUAAUAUUAUUUGAACUAGUUAAAAUUUAUUAACUAAACAAUAUGACACCUAAAAAUUAUAAUAUAAGAUUGAUUAAUGUUGAACAUUUUAUUAUUUUUUUAUCGCUACAUCAAUCACAUGUACCAUACACGACAUACCAAAUGAAUGUAUUAAAUACGAUCUAAGAAUUUAGUAAACAAGUCUAGCUCGAACUCGACUCGACUCGUUAAUAAAUUGCUCGGGCUCGAGCUCAACUUAUUUGUUAACGAGUCAAGCUCAAGUUAGAGUAAAAAUCGGCUCAGCUCGGCUCAUUUGCAGCCCUAGUGGCGGGGAUAAGGUUGGAUAGAGAAGCCUGGUUCUGUGCAUGGGCCUCGGAGGGGGAAUUGGUUGUUGAUACUUGGUGUGGGGGGGGGGGGGGGGGGGGAAGAAGGUGGGCUAAACCUGAUUAAGGUUGGCCUGAAAUUUUUAUCUACCAAAAGCGUUUUGAGAUUUUGGCCACUAGGAAAAAAUAAUUUCCAUUUUUAACUCAAAAAGAGAACACCCGCCUUGACGAGGGAGGGAGUGGGCUAAAUUUACGUUGGGCUUUGACCGGGAAAUCAGGCCUAUUGGAUCAUUUCUUGGCCCAACAAUCAUUCCAAGCCCAUUUCACGUGGCGGGAAAGCCGACCGUUGUCCAUUUGGCGGUAAAAUCAGAAACCUGCGCUCACUGCUCCGUUUCCAAUUGGGAGAAGGAAAUCCCUGUUCCUUUCCGAUCAAGGAAAGGAUUCCAUAUUAGUUUCGGUAAAUCAUUUCCUCUAUAUAAUGGAACACCCACUUAACUGAAAUCACGAUUUCUUUCCGGCAAUUUCCUUUUCUUACUCCCGUUGGCCGCUACGCUCUGUUCUCGCGCAGCCGCUCUCUGUUUCAGUCUCUCUGUUUCCAGCCACCGUCACGAUGGCUCUUCCGCCGUGCUGGAAUCCAGGGAAACACAAGGAGCUUCUCUACAAGCCGCAACCGGAGUUAUUUGAGAUCAUAGAGUGCGCCAUGACCCUCGCUGCUAUCCGCUGGCCGAAGCAGCUCCGGGCUGAAAAAGCCCGGAUUCUCGGCGCCUUCGACAUGUCUCGGCGCUCCGCCGUAGCCAAUGAAUCGAUGACGGAGAAGACGGAAAAACCCAUCAAUGCCGGCGAAGGCGUUAAAGAAAAGGAGGAAGCAGCGGAGAAGCCAAGAAGAAGCAUCCAUGUGGAAGUCGAUUUGCGAGAUCGCGAUCGCAGAUUGACUUCGUCCGUCCAUGCCAAACCCGCGCUCCAAAAGUCAACAACGCCGGCGACGAAGAAGACGACAAAACCCAUCAACGCCGGCGACCACCGCGCGCAAGGAAAGGAGGAAGCAGUGGAGAAGCCAAGUAGAACCAUCCAUGUGAAAGUCGAUUUGCUAGAUCGUGAUCGCAAAUUGACGUCUGGCUCUGCUAAACCCGCGCUCCAACUCUGCCAAACCGGCGCUAUUUCGAAGACGGAGAAAAGAGUGUCCUCUGAACCGAAUCGCGGCGACGAAGCAAAGGGAGAGUACGAAAGGAGAUUGGAGAUCACCAAGAGGAAGCUGCAGAGUGGCUACAGUGCCUGCGAGGAGUCGAGGAAAAGGUCCAAAGUGAUUGACUUUUGGACGGAGGUUCCGAAGAACACGCAGCAACAAAUUCUCUACGACAAAGACGUGCCGUCGGCAGGAAGAUUCAACAACAACAACAAGAUUCAGCGCUGUCGUCCACCUAUUCAUUGCUAGUCCUCCCAGUCCCAUGGCUGUCUACUUUCAGAUUUCCAGCGUGUAAUUAAUGAAUCGCAUUGCCUCUGAUUUAGGGGAAGAACAUAUUCUUUUGUAUAGUUAAGGGUUCUGGGUUUUUGCUGUUCCUUUUUCCCUUGGUAAAAUUUUUGUAGUCUUGAAACGCUUAAUGUUAGCUUGAUUGGUCCCUCGUAUUGAAUGAAACAAGCAAAUUUUU